GUCGUUGGUGCUUGAGUUGAACUUGAAUAAGUCUGUCUGCAAUAUGAAAGAAAUUAUUGCCUGAGUAAUCAUCAAGAAGUAUUGGAAAUCGCCGGGACUGAGUGUUGUAUGAACUUCUCGAAGUCCUCCGUGUCUAAGAAUUAUUACAAAAAUCGGUCGUAUGCGAUUGCGACGAUGAGUGGUCUGAUCAUUGGGCUUCGUUGAUGAUUGUUUGUCAAGUUUCGCUUUUGUAAAUAAACUCAAAAUGCAGGAGGAGCAAGAACUAGGAGACGAGCAAGAUUGGGUGCCGGAUGACGAGAUCGCUGUGCAAGACCUUGUACCCGAAUUUUCGUUACGAGAGGCCUUUGGGCGAAUCGUUUCUGGCAACCAGAGUUCCGAGACCCGAUUGGUUUUGGCAUCUUACCUUUUCGAAAAGGCGGCUUUUGCUGACGCGAUAAAACUCAUCGACCAGCAACAGAUUACGUUUGCGCGCGUCAGUCUUCACCUUGGCACUACUCAUGUGAAGAAGAAGAGAAGACGUGCUGCUGGCGAUUAUGAGGUCAAGCAAGGCCCUCUCGCUAGAAGUGGGGCUGAAGCGGCAGGGGAGGGGAAAGAAGCGAACGAAGAGGACGCUAUGGGUGCCCACCAUAUGAAAGCUUCUUCGAAUAUUGCAGGGUCAACCGACGAGGUCGAAAAGGAUUCCUAUCAAAUGAUUUUCGACGAUGUGGCCACGACGGCGUCUGGUUGCGGAGUAUUCGCGUCCCUGGGCUACUGCGCUGAGUGUCACUGCGCUAUCGAUUUGGCACUAGACUUGGCCGAUUUACGAAGGUCUUUUUGACUCUGAGGGAAUCAAUUAAGUACAAUUGUAUAUUUAUAGGAAAUGCUGCUCAACUGUAGUAUUUGUUGAAGGCCGACCAUACGAGCUGGUCAUUUCAAAAAGUUAAAAUGUUCUAAGAUACGAAAAUGCAACAUUGCCAUGUGUGCAUGUUAUUGCUGCGAUGGUGCAUCAGAUCGUACCGGAACUGACUGAGCAUUGCGUUAAGCAGUUUGACGAUCAGGAGGCUUAUGCGGCUUUUCUUGCUCGUGCGAGGCAGGCAGCGAAAACCUUUGCUAAUAAGAAGAUUGCAGUGUCUUAGAGUGAAGGUCUAAGUACAUGCAUAGUCGUGUUUGAGCAGGCCUUUAGAAUGAAUAUGAUCGAGAUACUCAUGGCGCAAUUCAUUGAACAAUGAAUCGCAUUUAAAAUCAACCGUAUUUGGCUGAUGACAUACUAUAGAUAUACUAGUCAUGAACCGAGGGGCCGGAGGUGGAGGGGAAGUGUUUGGACGAGAGAGAGGUCGAGAAAGCUAGUGCCGGCCGCGCCGCGGACUUUGUUGGCGCGGGAAGCAGAUGAGCGGGCCUGUUUUGCUGAAGGCGACCAAAGGGGGAGAGCCUCUGGCCGUGCUCCGUUGGUGCGCGGGGCGGCCGUCUCCGCCGUUGCACCGAAUUGGGGUUGCGAAUGCGGGAGCCUCUGGAGCUGCGGCGCAGCGGUUUGAAGCUGUUAGCGGCCGAAGUCGGGCACCGCGUGCGCGAUUCCAGGCGCUAGCGGCCGGCUUGUGCCGUGGGUGGCUCUCAGUACGUAGCAGCGGACGUGGGUACCGUCCGAAAACGCCGACCCGCCGGCCUUCUGGCCUGAAGCCGCUGCUUCCGCCCACCGGUUUGCAAACCCUGGGAACCCUGACCCGCAAACCCUGGGAAACAAACCUUGAGGCAGGCAGAGGCUGCCCGCUUGCCACCCUUGUCGCUCGUGUCGCUCUCCGAGCUGUUUGGCGCCCUCGGAGUUAUUUGCGGGCAGACUUUGACGAGGCAAAGCCUCGGGCAUGAGAGGGGCCAGCGAAGUCGUGCCCUGAAAGGCGACAGGCUGCGCGUGAACCAAAGGCAUGCGGACGUUGUGGAGCUAGCUCUACCCGCGGCGCGUCUGGCGAUAUUCGCGCGCCUCUGCUUGCUCCAGCACUCGCUGAGGCCAUUCCAGGGACGAAACGCGUGCGCGAUUUUGGCCGCUAGCGUCUUUGCUUGUUGUCGGGCAUUUUGCUGUCGCCUACCUCGGAGAGAGGCUGGCCGCCGCGUGCGUAUCCUACUGCUGCGCUGGCGCCCCUUGGGUGGUCUUGUUGGUCUGCCAGGCAUCUGAACGGCAUCCCCUUGAGGGGAGCAGCAGGCGCAGGCGCCCCCCUUAAAACCUUGAGAGGGGCAAACCCUGACCCUUGAAACCUUGAGAGGGGCAAGCAUUGGCAUCGGCGUGCAACCCUGAGGGGGGGUAUCCUGAGGCGUGAAAGCUUUAGAACGAAAAGCGACCAAAACCUUGAGGCGCAAAACCUUGAGGAGAGAAAACGCGCGCGCAACCCUGAGACGUCAGCUUUGACAUUUGUGCGGUUUUUCGCCAUCUCUGUGACUCGAAACGCUGGAAGGGCCUCCAAGCCUUGAGACUUCGCGCGCGGUCGUGAACCUUGUGGCCUUAGACUCCACGCCCUAAAUAAACUUUGCAGAUCGUGGCGUCUGUUUUUGUCCCUCUUGUGAUUCACCUUGGAGCGCCUUAAAGCCCUGGCGUGGGGCCUCGUUUUUUGUCGGUGAUUAAUAACGAAGGAAUUUUGCUACGUUUACGUACUGGAACAACAAGUCACUUUGGCGUUCUGUUUUUCAUGACAAGGCUGGCUUUCCCGGAAGCUUCACAGAGGAUGGCGUCACAUUAUUUCUUUACGCAUGGCAGUUAUACCAACACGAUGAUCAUGAUUAUUUUAUCUUCUUUGUAGCUUCCUUUGUUGAACUCACUGUCCCGAUAGAAAAUGGAGGAAACUAUCUACAGCAGAAAUACUAAACAGACGUAAAAAGUGCAAGAUAAGCAGCGCAGAAGGGAUGAGG